GGUCGCUAAUGUGUGACAGGCACUCUCUUCCAGUCAUCACAGUAGUGGGCUCUCAGCAAUUGGCUCAGCUCAGCAGACCGGCAAUGCCAAGCGCUGUAUAACAGCAUGUCUAUCGCCGUGGGAAACGGUAGCGCCUUCCUUUCCGCAGCAGAUGCUCUAACACCAAACCGCACGAGCACCUCAGCAAAAGAGGGAUGAGGGAAUUAAAGCCCACUGCCAUAGAGAACAAGAGAAGAUAAAUACGGACAUAGAGGAAGCGAGAGUGUGUGAGAAGCACACAAAAGCAAGGAGUGUCUGAGCAUUCUGUUUUGAUGAGCUUCAGAGUUUGAAGAGUCUCCCUCUCCCUCUCCUUCCAUGCCUAAACAGCCCUGAGUCCCACUCCAUAUUCAGUCAGUGCUAUGCCUUUCUGGGAUUUGUGAAAUAGAUUACAUCUAUCCACUUCACUUGACUUUCUUUUCCUCGUUUGGCCAACGAGGAAGCCACUGGUCUCUAAUGGCUUGUUAUUACAUCGUUAUCAGCUCGACACAUCUCAGCAAUGGACAUUUAAGGAACAUCAAGGGAGUCUUCCGUGGUCCUCUUAACAAAAAUGGCAGCAAGAACUUGGAUUAUGCACAGAGGGAGAGAACGAUGGCUGAGGCCCUAGAGGAUGUGAAGGCUAACUUCUAUUGUGAGCUGUGUGACAAGCAGUACUACAAGCAUCAACAAUUUGACAACCACAUCAACUCUUAUGACCAUGCUCACAAACAGUCCUGUUUGGUUCUGCUGUAUCCUGUGAGACCCGAGAUUAUACGCCGCUACACCUGGACCUUUUGCUGUACCCUGCUCCUGUCUCUGGAAUACCUUCCUAUCUGGAAUAACGCCCGUAUCUACGGCAAUUUCUGUUUGUUGUUUAUAUUAGAGGAUUUCUGUUCACCUGGACUGUUACUCUUUCAUUAUUAA